AUAAUGCUCCUCCGGUGAUAGCUGGGCUAAGCAAGAGAUUCUAGUGAAACUGUUACCAUGUUACUCCUCGGGGGAACGAUUUUUUAAAAAUGAAGUAUUGAUGAAUCUGCUCAGUACUGUCGGCUUUGGGGAGUAGGCAGAUGCGCCCUUUGACUUGGCUGUAGUGUUGAGAGGCGCAGGUUUGUUAGCUGAGAAACCUGUCUUUGAGAUGAAUGUCUCCCUUGAAGAUGAAGGAGCUGAGGUCCAGUGCUUGUGAAACUGAUCAGCAAGGAGAGUCAUAAAGAUAGCGGGUCCGGGCCUCUGCAGAGCGCUCCUCAUUUUAUCUGGAUCGGCCCCUUUAAUCCUCACAUCAUCCUUUCCAGGAUAGGCGCAGUUGUUAUUUUUCUUUCACUAGAAUUGCGGCUUAAAGGUUAAGUAACUUGCCCAGAGGUUCUGGAUAUCUGUGUAAUAGUCUGUGCAGUUUUUAAAAAUACAGUUGAUCUGUCUUCACUUCUUAGCUAUUCCUGUCAGUUUGGCUGUCCAGAGGCUGAGUCCGCGCGGGUGGAAGCCGACCUGCUGCACUAACACUGCCUUAGCGGGAGAGGGCUGUGAGGCUCUGUCAGUCGUCUCUGUCUUUAGGCACCCUGCCUUCGACGACUUUUUUUUUUUUAAACGUUUAUACUUGCUCUUUUUUUCUUUUUGUUUGUUUUGUUUUUAAGGACUUGUUUAUUUGAAAGGCAGAGUUACAGAGAGGCAGAUGCAGAAGGUGGGGUGGGGGGGUCUUCCAUCCACUGGUUCAUUCCCAAAAUGGCUGCAACUGCCGGAGCUGGGCCGAUUUGAAGCCAGGAGCCAGGAGCUUCCUCUGGGUCUCCCAUGCGGGUGCAAGGGCCCAAGCACUUGGGCCAUCCUCCAUGCUGUCCUAGGCCAUAGCAGGGAGCUGGGUCAGAAGUGGAGCAGCUGGGACGCGAACCAGCGCCCAUAUGGGAUGCCGGGGCCGCAGGCGGUGACUUUACUCGCUAUGGCAGAGGGCUGUUACCUCUCAAUGAUUUUAUGAAAACAUUGAAAGCAUACUUCACAGAUAUCCCCCUCUAGUUCAAAAACGUUGAAAGUAACUUUGUCUUUGCUUAGUAUAGAACGCUGCCUGUAAAUGGUUAGAGAUGCUGAGGCAAGGGCUGGGGAGGGCGGUGGGAAGCGGUGAGAACUGGGCAGAAGUGACAAGCCUGUGUGACAGACAGCCCUAUUGAUUUAUGCUGUGAAUCGCAUUCUGGAGCAGAGAAUUGAAAUCCAUUAUGCCAAGUGCAUAGCAUACAAAUCCCUUUGAAAAGCAGUUAGAUGCCAUGUAAUCCCAAAUCAUUUAAAAGCGAUUUUGAAGUACCCAGAAUUCUAAAUUGUCUUAAGCAUUUUGUUUCUUAGACUAGAAAAACAAUGAAAUGGAUGGCAAGAUAGCAUUUUAAUGGAAUCUUCCUCUCAUAUAUUAUAUUUAAUUUUAGUGUGUUAAGUUGAAUUUUAGAUAAGUACAGAUUUGGAGUUAUGUUCUCUUGAGUAUUCUGAAACUCACACCAAACGUAGGAUAUGAAAGAAACCUUAGGACAGCUUAUCUGAUACUUAUCUUGAAAAAACCAUUUUGGGGCCUGCGCCGUGAUGCAGCGGGUUAAAGCCCCAGCUUGCAGCGCAAGCAUCCCACAUGGGGCCCAUUCGAGUCCAGCUCUCUGCUAAUGUGCCUUGGAAAGCAGUAGAAGAUGGCCCAAAUGCUUGGACCCCUGCACUCACGUGGGGGACCUGGAGGAAGCUCCUGGCUGUGGGUCGACUCAGCUCUGGCUGUUGUGGCCAUUUGGAGAAUGAACUCAAAUGGAAUUUCUGGCUUCUGACUUCUUUUUGGCCCAAACCUGGCUGUUGUAGCCAUUUGGAGAGUGAACCAGUGGAUAGAAGAUCUCUCUCUGUCUCUGUUGUUCUGCCUUUCAAAUAAAUAAAUAAGUAAAUCUUUUUUUUUUUUUUAAAUUAACACAUAGUAAUUGUACAUUAAAGUAGAUACUUGGGCCGGCACUGUGGCGCAGUGGGUUGACACCCUGGCCUGAAGUGCCAGCAUCCCAUAUGGGCGCCAGUUUGAGUCCCGACUGCUCCACUUCCGAUCCAGCUCUCUGCUAUGGCCUGGGAUAGCAGUAGAAGAUGGCCCAAGUCCUUGGGCCCCUGCACCCUCCUGGGAGACCUGGAAGAAACUCCUGGCUCCUGGCUUCAGUUUGACCCAGCUCCGGCCAUUGCAGCCAUUUGGGGAAUGAACCAGCGGAUAGAAGACCUCUCUCUCUCUCUCUCUUUCCCCCCUUCUGCUUUUCUGUAACUGCCUUUCAAAUAAAUAAAUCUUUUUAAAAAAUUAUAUAUUUUCAUUUUGUUUGAAAGGCAGAGUGAGAUACAGAGAGAGGGAGAGAAAUUUUUCUUUCAUAGUUCGUCCUUUGGUAUUAUAUUCAGAAGUCAUUGCCAAACCCAAGGUCAUGUAGGGUUCUUCUACGUCAUUUUAUAGUUUUGCAUUUCACAUUUUGUUCUAUAUAUAUUCAUUUUGUAAAAGAUGGAAGGUCUCUGUAGACUCAUUUUUUGGUAUGUUGGUAUCCAUUUGUUCUGUUACCAUUCAUCAAAAAGAUUCUGCUAAACUGUGGUAUUGUGCUUGCCUCUUUGUCAGAGAUCAGUGUUCACUCUGCAUGGCAGCAGGUGAUGGCUCAAGUAUUUGGGUUCCUGCUACACAUGUAGGAGACCCAGAUGGAGUUUUGGCACCUGGCCUCAGCCUGGCCUAGCCCCAGUUUGAGGGGUGAACCAGCGAAUGAGAAAUCUCUCAGUCUCUCUGUGUGUGUUUGUCUGCCUCUAAAGUAAAAUAAAUAAAAAUUUUUAUAAAGAAUAAUGAAUUUCUGGAAGUGGGCAGAAGAAUAUAAAUACAAUAGGAAAGCAAACUUUUACUGCUUCGUUUUUAAUUUAAUUUAUUUUUAAUUUUUAAAAGGAUUUUUUGAUUUGAGAGAGUUACAGAGAAAGAGGCAGAGUUACCGAGAGAGAAUCUUCCAUCUACUGGUUCAAUCCCCAGAUGACCACAUUGGCCAGCAUUGAGCCAGGCUGAAGCAAGGAGCCAGGAGCUGGGUCUCCCACAAUGGUUAAAGGGGCCCACGCACGGAGCCAUCUUCUGCUGCUUUCCCUAGGCCAUUAGCAGGGAGCUGGAUUGGAAGUGGAGCAGCUGGAACAUAAACUGUGCUUAUUUGUGAUGUUGGCAUUGCAGGUGACAACUUUACCAACUAUGCCACAAUGAUGGCCCCACUGCUGAAUUUUUAAAAUAUUUUAUUAUUUCUUCUUAUUUUAUUUGAAAGGUAGACAAACAAAUAUUUUUUCCAUCUACUGGUUCACUUCCCAGGUGACUGCAACAGCCAGUGAUGAGCCAGGCUGAAGUCAGGAGCGUCCCACUCAAUCUACAUCUCCCACGUGGAAGGCAGGGACCCAAGUACUUGAGCCCUCACCUUCUGUCUCUCAGGGUGUGAAUCUACAGGAAGCUGGAAUCAGGGACUCGAAUCCAGAUGCUCUUAUGGGUGAUGCAGGUGUCCCAAGUGGCAUUUCAAGUGCUACUCCAAAUGUCCCCACUAGUUUAACUCCAUUGUUCUGAAACUUUUUGGAAAAAGCAGGGUGACAGUGAGAGAGGGGGAGAAAAAGAGAUGGGGAGAAUGAGAAUCUUCAACUGCUGGUUCACUCCCCAAAUGCCCAUAACAGCUGAGGGUGGGUCGAGUCAAAACCAGGAGUCAGCAGCUCCAUCCCCAUCUCCCACAUGGAUGGCAGGGACCCCUGUAGUUAAACCGUCAUCUGCUACUUCCCAGGCACGAUAGCAGGAAGCUGGAUUGGAAGUGGAGAUAGGACUUGAUCCCAGGCGGACCAAUAUUGGAUGGGUGCAGGCAUCCCAAGCAGAGGCUUAACCUGCUGCACCUGUUAAGUGUUUUUAUGUCUACAACAUCAAAUACUAGUUAAAGGGAUAUUUUAAGAAUGUUUCUAUUAUAUUUACACUUUUUAUUGUUAUAUUUAUUAGGGAUAUUUGUUUUGUGUCCUGAGGUAUCAGAUUUAGCCCCGUGAAUUUCCAUCAGAAUGGGUUCAUAUGAGGAAAGUAUUCCACCAUUUUUGUGCCAUAUUUGAGUGGUGCCUUCCGUUUCCUAUGGCUUGGUGGUGAGCAGAUCUUCAUGGAGGAACACGGAGUGACUCAGACUGAACACAUGGCUACCAUAGAAGCCCAUGCAGUGGCCCAGCAAGUGCAGCAGGUCCAUGUGGCCACCUACACUGAGCACAGCAUGCUGAGUGCUGAUGAAGACUCGCCUUCUUCCCCGGAAGAUACCUCUUACGAUGAUUCAGACAUACUCAACUCCACAGCAGCUGACGAGGUCACAGCCCACCUGGCUGCAGCAGGUCCUGUGGGAAUGGCUGCUGCUGCUGCCGUGGCAACAGGAAAGAAGCGGAAACGGCCUCACGUGUUCGAGUCCAACCCGUCCAUCCGGAAGAGACAGCAGACACGCUUGCUUCGCAAACUUCGAGCCACGUUAGAUGAAUACACUACUCGCGUGGGACAGCAAGCCAUUGUUCUCUGUAUCUCACCCUCCAAACCCAACCCCGUCUUUAAAGUGUUUGGUGCAGCACCUUUGGAGAAUGUGGUGCGUAAGUACAAGAGCAUGAUACUGGAAGACCUGGAGUCUGCUCUGGCAGAACACGCCCCCGCGCCACAGGAGGUUAAUUCAGAACUGCCGCCUCUCACCAUCGACGGAAUUCCAGUCUCUGUGGACAAAAUGACCCAGGCACAGCUCCGGGCGUUUAUUCCAGAGAUGCUCAAGUACUCCACAGGCCGUGGGAAACCAGGCUGGGGGAAAGAGAGCUGCAAGCCCAUCUGGUGGCCUGAAGACAUCCCGUGGGCGAAUGUCCGGAGUGACGUCCGCACCGAAGAGCAGAAGCAGAGGGUUUCCUGGACCCAGGCACUACGGACCAUAGUUAAAAACUGUUACAAACAGCAUGGGCGGGAGGAUCUUUUGUACGCUUUUGAAGAUCAGCAAACACAAACACAGGCCACAACCACACAUAGCAUAGCCCAUCUUGUACCAUCACAGACUGUAGUCCAGACCUUCAGUAACCCCGACGGCACUGUCUCUCUCAUUCAGGUUGGUACAGGGGCAACAGUAGCCACAUUGGCUGAUGCUUCAGAACUGCCAACCACAGUCACAGUUGCCCAAGUGAAUUAUUCUGCUGUGGCUGAUGGAGAGGUGGAACAGAAUUGGGCCACGUUGCAGGGAGGUGAGAUGACCAUCCAGACAACGCAAGCAUCAGAGGCCACCCAGGCAGUGGCGUCCUUGGCGGAGGCGGCAGUGGCAGCUUCUCAGGAGAUGCAGCAGGGAGCCACAGUCACCAUGGCACUCAACAGCGAAGCUGCCGCCCAUGCUGUCGCCACCCUGGCUGAAGCCACCUUACAAGGCGGGGGACAGAUCGUCCUGUCUGGGGAAACCGCAGCAGCCGUCGGAGCACUUACUGGAGUCCAAGAUGCUAAUGGCAGAGGAGAGGUCUUCCAUCCACUGGUUUACUUCCCAGAUGGCCGCAACAGCCAGAGCUGCGCGGAUCCAAAACCAGGAGUCAGGAGCUUCCUCCAGGUCUCCCACGCAGAUGCAGGGGCUCAAGGACCUGGACCAUCUUCCACUGCUUUCCCAGGGCCACAGCAGAGAGCUGGAUUGGAAGUGGAGCAGCUGGGACUUGAACCAGCGCCCAGAUGGGAUGCCAGCACUGCAGGCGGCGACUUUACCCAUUAUGCUAUAGCGCCGGCCCCCAGAAACUGUUUUGAAAGAGUGAACUUUACACUAAUUGUUAAAGUUCAUUAGGAAGAAUAAAGCCCUAUUGUGACCUUUGGUUUUUUUUUUUUUUUUUUUAAAUCCUACCAAGCCUUUUACUGGAACUGCUGACCAGUUCUAAGAUGCGCUGAUGUGAUUCCUCUCCUCUCCCCUUGGCUACCCUGGGCCUGGCAGUCUGGUAGUGCUCAGUGUCUCAGUGCCCAGAGGUGGGCAGGAAUUGCUCUGAGUACUGGGCAGUGACUGGGUCAUGAAAAAGACGUUGACCCUGGGACUGGUGUGUCUCUGCAGACCAGGAAACUGCGGCUGUCCGUUCUGUUUAGGUGGAGUUCUAUGGAACCUUGGUUCUUGUACUUUGAAUUUUUAGUUUUUCCUUUUUGACUUUUUUAGUUUUGUUUUUUUGUAUUAAAGGUGAUAGGCACACCACAUUUAGGGAGCUGUUUAAGAUAGGUCAUCAACAUUUUUGUUUGUUAGAGAACUUGUAUUUUCUCUCCUCAGUUCUGUUUGUCUAACAGACAUCGAAUACUUACUGUGCAGAAAGACUGCAAGGUGCCGUAUGUGCAUUAUCUUAUUUCAGUCUCAGAGUAACCCCGUGGUCGCCAUGUAGCGUCCUCGUGUAGGAAAGCACACAGAAAGGGUCAGAAAGUUGACCAGGUCCACACAGAGAGUGGCAGACACGGAAUCAGAAUUGAGGUGAUUUGUUUCAAGCCACUCUGCUGUGAGCUCCAGGCUCCUGUCUGGACCCCCACAAAUGCAGAGCAAAUCCCUGUCUUGCAGUACUGAGUGUGUGGGUUUGGCAAUGUCCAGCCUCUCUCCUCCCCUGCCACAUGCCACAGGCUGGUUCAGAGUGCCCGUCUGCCCAGCUGUUCCUGAUGGCUGUGAACCCUCCCCUCUGCUGGCCUGCAGGAGCCCAGGGUCCAUGUGUGUAGUGAGAAGGCCCCUUCUGUAUUAGUGAAUGAACCUGCCCUAGCUGCAGGUGCUGUUUGGGGGAAGGAGGCAGUACACCCAUCUGAAGAGCGUUUCCUCUGCUGGGAGCCUCUCUCCAGCCACCUGCUGCUCUGCAGUUUGCCCUGGGCCUCUGCCAGCCUCCUGUCCUCUCCCAAGGAAAGCAGAGCGACUCAGGGAGUGGGAAUCAGCCUACGACAGACAAGUUGCUGGCUGUUUUGUUUGCCCAAGUCCUCACCAGGCCGCCCCUGGGGCUUCCUGCAGCCCUUGACUGGAGUCCAGCAGGUAGAGAGUACAUCUUGCUGAGGCUCAGAAGCCACUCCAGCCGGGGUCUCAGCCUGCUUUCUUCACGCCCUGAGUGAAAGGAAACGGACUGGAAGGCUGUUUAAAAACUAAAGCUGAUGGCAAGGCGCUCCGCUACGCUCACAGAAAGAGCAGCUCUUCACAUUUAUCUUUGGUGCUGUGGGUUCCUCUUUGGGCCUGGGCCUGGGCCUGGGCCUGGCAAUAGCCUUGCUACUGAGGUUUUCCCUUAAGAUUCUUCAACAUAAAAUUUUCCUAAGAAUGAAAGAUCCCACCUAGUCUUGCUGAACUUCAAAACAAAUGUACAUUUUAGUACCCAUUCCAGCUGCCAAAUGAAACUAAAUGUAGAAAUUCCUUUAGGGAAACAAAUUCUAUCUUAUCAAAGAUGUCUUCACCUUUUCCCAUCCUUGUUUUUCUUUGACCUUACUAAAAAACUUUAGAAAUUUAUGUAUUUCCUAGUUUAAUGUUAACUGUGGCCAUAGAAUACUUCCUUUUUUUUUUUUAAAGAUUUAUUUAUUUACUUGAGAGAUAGAGUUAGAGGGAGAAGCAGAGAGAGAGGUCUUCCAUCUGCUGAUUCACUCCCCAAAUGGCCACAGUAGCCAGAGCUGAGCUGAUCUGAAGCCAGGAGCCAGAAGCUUCUUCCAGGUGUCUCAUGUGGGUGCAGGGGCCCAAGCACGUGGGCCAUCUUCUACUCCUUUCCCAGGCCAUUAGCAGAGAGUUGGAUUGGAAGAGGAACAGCCAGGACAAGAACCAGUGCCAUUUGGGAUACUGGCACCACAGGUGGAGGCUUAGCCUACCAUGCCACAGUGCUGCCUCUAGACUACUUCCUUUUAAAGUGAUAUUUUUUAGCAAGAGAGGUAACAGAGAAGAUGAGUGAGGACAAACCUGAGAUUCAGAUCAGGUAACUCGGGAUGCGGGGGGCAAGGGAGACUUGCAGAAGAGAUUGCAACAGCAGUCCUAUUCUCAAGACCUCCACAGUGAGGUAGGGUGGUGGUGUUACUGCCUGCAAGCGUGGCUGAUGCACUGCUAUGCUGUGCACAGAUCUCUCUGCCUGUAAUCAUCUGUAAUAAAAAGUUUAAAUAAAUGCAGUAAAUAAAGUUUUAUUGUAGAGAGCCUCUCGCCUCUCAGCACUUUGAAAGUGCCACUGUGUUGUGUUGUGUUGUGUUGUGUUUUAAAGAUUUACUUAUUGGAAGAGUUACACAGAGAGAAAAGGAGAGGCGGGGUUGGGGGGUCCUUCCAUCCAGUGGUUCACUCCCCAUUUGGCCGCAGCGGCCGGCGCUGCGCCGAUCCGAAGCCAGGAACUUCUUCCGGGUCUCCCACGCAGGUACAGGGGCCCAAGGCCUUGGGCCAUCUGCUGCUUUCCCAGGCCAUAGCAGAGCUGGAUGGGAAGUGGAGCAGCUGGGACUGAACCUGUGCCCAUACGGGAUGCCGGCACCACAGGUGGCGGCGGCUUUAUGUGCUACACCACAGCACCGGCCCCACUCCACUGUGUUCUGUGAUGCUGUGGUGCUGUUUGCAUUUUAAAUCCAAGUGUAUUAAGUUCAGUGCCUCCAGGACUUGGAGCGGACAGCCCCUGAGCAGCUGGUUUUGUGUGAGCUGUGAGUCCGGGAAAUGACUCCUCGGAGGAGGAGCAGCAUGGGUGGUAGCUGUGGGCAUUAGGCCACUGUCCUGUGAGGUACGUGGGCCUGUGUUCCAUUGAUCGUCUUGUUGAUAGAGUGACUUAAGGGAAAGGAAGAUACUAGCGGGCUCUCUGCCAAACCAGGCUGAAGCAUUACCCGUUCUACAAGGAAGAGCAAAUGCAAAUUGCUACCGAAGACAGCUGCUCCCCCUUGGAACCGGGUAUUUUUUACAUAAAGGGGAGGGGCAUUCUCAGUGACCUGGAAAGUGUACCUCUUAAAAAACGAGAUGUGGAGAGCUUUGAAAGAGUGAGAGAGAGAGAGAGAAUCUUUCAUCUGCUAAUUCACUCCCCAGAUGGCCACAAUGGCCAGCUCUGGGCCAGGCCAAAGGCAGGAGCCCAGAGUUUCAUGUGGGUGGCAGGGGCCCAAGUACUUGGGCCAUCUACCACUGUUUUCCCAGGCCAUUAGCAGGGCACUGGAUUGGAAGUGGAGCAGCCGGGACACAAACUGAUGCCCGCAUGGGAUGAUGGUGUGGAAGGUGGCAGCUUUACCACCACACCACAAUGCUGGCCCCAAAUCAGGGUCUUUUCCAUGGCCUCUGAUUACACUGGAGCUUGAUGUGGUAACUACAUGCGUCAGAAUUAUUUUAAGGAAUAGUGGUAGCCAUAUUUUACUUUAGAAGUCAGAGUCGGAGCUGGCGUCUGGCACAGCAGGUUAAGCCACUGCUCUGCAGCACCAGCAUUCCAUAUGACAUCUUCAACUCCCUGCUGCUCCACUUCUGAUCCAGCUCCCUGCCGUACACCUAGGAAGGCAGGGCGACCCGCGUGCUUGGGUCUCUGCACUUAUGUGGGAUACUGGGCUGGCAUUCCUGGCUCCUGGCUUUGACCUGGCCCAGCUCCAGCCAUUGCAGCUAUUUGGGGAAUGAACCAGAGGGUGAAAGAUACUCUUUAAAUAAUCUGCCUACUUUUAAGACUUUGUGAGAUUCAAUUGUACCUACCACAUGCAUGAUGUGUUAAAAAACACAUACAAAAAAGGAAGUCAGAAUCAAGAUAAAUCUUAACAGAGGCAAAUAAAUACGUGGUGUGAAAAUCUAAGAUCUAACGCUGCACUGUCCAAAUGGUAGAUGUUAGCUUCAUGUGACUGAACUUAAAUACAAGCUAAUUGAAAUUAAAUAUAGUUUUAAUGAUGUUAUGACUUUCUUUUAGGAUUUAUUUACUUAUUUGAAAAGCAGAGUUACAGAGAGAAAGGGAGAGAGAGAUCUUCCUUCUGCAUGUUCACUCCCCAAAUAGCCACAGUUAAACGCUUGAAUGAAAGAUUUUAAACUUUUUAAUACUUUUUUCAAAGAUGUGUUGAUUUAUUUAUAUGAAAGUCUGAGUUAGAGAGAAGGAGAGACAGAGAGCGAGAGAUUUCUCAUCUCCUGGUUCAUUCCCUGGAUGGCCACAAUGACCAGUGCUAGGCCAAGCCAAAGCCAGGAGCGAGGAGCUUCAUCCAGGUCUCCCAGGUGGGUGGCAGAGACCCACACACUUGGGCCAUCUUCUGCUGCUUUUCCCAGGCCGUUAACAGGGAGCUGGAUCAGAGGUAGAGCAGCCAGGGCAUGAACUGGUACCCAUAUGAGAUGGCAUUCCAGGCAGCAGCUUAGAAUGGUAAUACAGUGGCUGUAUUACCCACUCCACCACCGGCCCUUUAUUUAUUUAUUAUUUUAGGAUUUAUCCAUGGGACCAGUACUGUGGCUUACCAGGUAAAGCUGCUGCCUGCAGUGCCGGCAUCCCAUAUGGGCACUGGUUCAAGUCCUGGCUGCUCCACUUCCAAUCCAGCUCUCUGCCGUAGUCUGUGAAAGUAGGAGAAGAUGUCCCAAGUCCUGGGGCCCCUGCACUCACGUGGGAAACUGGGAAGAAGUUCCUGGCUCCUGGCUUCAGAUCAGCCCAGCUCCAGCCAUUGUGGCCAUCUGGGGGGUGUUUCUCUCUGCCUCUGCCUUUUUGUAACUCUGCCUUUUAAAUAAAGUAAAUAAAUCUUUAAAAAAGAUGUAUUCAUUUCCUGUUUUAAAUGUUGAGUGGCCACACAUGUUCUGAGGUAUUGGGUUUUUAAUUCACUUGGCAUUUAUUCUUAUUUAUUUAUUUAUUUAUUUUGACAGGCAGAGUGGACAAUGAGAGAGACAAAGAG